AUGAAGCUCUACAACACCCUGAGCGGACAGGUUGAGGAGUUCGUUCCCUCCGACGGCAACCUGGUCAAGAUGUACGUGUGCGGCGUGACCCCGUACUCCUCCACCCACGUCGGACACGCGUUGAGCUAUGUGAUGUUCGACACGCUGCGGCGAUACCUGGAGCACAAGGGCUACGAGGUCCGCCACGUCCAGAACUUCACCGAUAUUGACGACAAGAUAAUCCAGCGAGCGCAGGAGUCCGGCGUCUCCGAGGACGAGUUGGUCGAGGAGUUCAUCGGCGACUACUUCGAUACGAUGGACGCGCUGAACAUCCAGCGCGCCUCCGAAUACCCGCGCGCCACGCGUGAAAUUCCGCGGAUUAUCGACGCGAUAUCCGGCCUGAUAGAUCGCGGCCACGCUUAUCCGGCCGCGGGCGACGUGUAUUUCCGGGUGACCAGCAAGGACGACUACGGAAAGCUCAGCCAUCGCACCCUGGACAGCAUGAUCGCCGGCGCGCGGAUCCAGGUGGACGAGAACAAAGAGCAUCCCAUGGAUUUCGUGCUGUGGAAGGGGGCCAAGCCCGGCGAACCCUCGUGGGAGAGCCCGUGGGGACCGGGCCGUCCCGGCUGGCACAUCGAGUGCACCGCCAUGUCGCUGGAAUAUCUGGGCGAGCAGCUCGACAUCCACGGCGGCGGGCAGGACCUGGUGUUCCCCCACCACGAAAAUGAGAUCGCGCAGAGCGAGUGCUAUACCGGAGCCAAGCCGUUCUCCCGCUACUGGAUGCACAAUGGCCUGCUGCAGCUGGGCUCCGACAAGAUGAGCAAAUCGCUGGGCAACUUGGUGUCGGUGGUGGAAGCCCUGGAACGCUACAGCCCGGACGCCAUCCGGCUUUAUUUCCUCAGCAGCCACUAUCGCAGCCCCCUGGCCUACAGCGACGAAGGCGCCGCAGCGGUGGAGCGGAGCCUGGAGCGGGUACGGCGGGCGCUCAUCCCCGGGAACGGCGCCGGAGCCGAGGUUGAAGCCGACACCCACCGCGUCCGGUUCGCUGCGGCCAUGGACGACGACCUCAACACUCCCCAGGCGGUGGCCGCGCUGUUCGACCUGGCGCGGGACAUCAACCGCGGCCGGGACGCCGGCCAAAGCGUGGGCUCGGGUCAGGCGGCCCUGCGCGAGCUGGGAGCCGUGCUGGGACUGACUUUCGUGGACCGCCCGGCUCCCGAGGCCGACCUCGCCGCGACUCCAUUCAUCGACCUGCUGGUAUCGGUGCGCACCGAACUGCGGGCCGCCCGCCAGUUCGCCCUGGCCGACCAGAUCCGGGACGGCCUCGCCGAGCAGGGCGUGAGCCUUGAAGACGGCGCCCAAGGCACCCAGUGGCAGCGGCAGACGACCGAAUAG